AAUUAAAUUUAUAGAGUAUACUAAUAUUUCGCCUCAGCAUACAGGGCUUCAUUAGAGUAAGAAGCCACUUGUCAUCAGAGUUACUGCCACUUGUUUUACAAUGGUUUUCUUCAAACUCAUUGUAGUGAUGAUAUAAAACAGUACAUCCAAUCUCAAGAAUGCAGGUGCCAAUCAAUUCUCCUCAGGUUUCCUGGAAAAAAUACCCUUGUUGAAAGCAUAUCACAUUGUGAAUGUUGUGAUAUCUGUGCAAAGUACAGAGGAAUGUAAUAUUUGACAAAUGCAAAAAACAAAACUUUUCUUUCACAAAUAAAGCCAAUAUUUAAAGUGUUGAGAGAAAACGUGAAGUCAGUAGACAAAAAUAAGGUGAGUCAAUUAUUAAAACAGAACAUGGAUGAAGUUAUGGUAUCUUAACUAACUCCACGCUGUGUUUAUACAGAAUUUUCACAAUACCACGUAACACAAUUUUUAAAAAGCUUGGAGUAUAUUUUUAUGAAACAACUUUGAAGCAAAAUGUUGAAAUCUGGAGAAAUGAGAACGCUUCAAAAAUUUUGAAAAUACAUUGAUCCCGAGGAAUAUGAUGAUGUAGCAUUCAACAACAGUGGACUGUCUAUUGAAGAUGACAAUUGUGAUGAAUUGCAACAAAUUCUAGAUGAUACAGAAUCUAGAUUGCACGACCAAGUCUUAACAGCAGUUCCAUUUAACAAUCUGUAAGACGAAAUUUAACGCAAAAAAGGAAAAUAGACUUGAGCCGUCAUUUAUCAAGAAAAAAACUGACUGAUGAAAAAAUGGAGACCUGGAACUUCAUCGGCUUCAACAGACGCAAUGGAAAAAAUACGCCCAGAUUUUAAAUUUUAGGAUCUGUCUAGAGAAGCUGACAUGAAUUUUUUCAGUAGAUUUGAGAGUAGAGAGAUUUUUAAACUGACUUUUGAACAUUUAAAGCAAACGACAGCAUCAAUGACUUACUGGAGAGGGGACAAAACCACAAAAACCCCAAUAAGAGCUUCCUGAAUUAGAAUCUGAGAUGUGUGAGGCUGGUUUAGAUAAAAAAAAAUGUAGUCCUGUACGAAAAUUGCAAGAAUUUUUAGCCGUGAAGAUAAAACUGAGGGUCGGCCUUUUAGUUGAUUACAUUGCCUUCAGAUUUAAGAUUUUGCGUGCACUCGUCAGUUCAGUGUUUUUUACAUGGGUAAGACUGAUGGAAAAAGAACUUUGAGGCCUUAUCAUAUGGGUUGAACGAGAAGCAGUGAGGGAAAAUUUACCGGAAAGUUUUUGCAAGAAUUAUCCAAAAUGCCACAUCAUAAUUGACUUCACAGAAGUAUUUAUUGAAACCCCCUUUUUCUUGAGGUUGCAGCACAAUGCUGGAGCAAUUACAAGCAUCACCAUACUUUUAAGUUUUUAGUCAGUAUUACGCCAAAUUAUACCAUCAGUUUCUUGUCGAAAUGCUAUGGUGGGCAAGCUUCAGAUAUCCACAUUACUGAAGAAAGUGGCUUGGGGAAAAAACUGCUUCCUCUUGAUCAAGUAAUGGCUGAGAGGGGGUUCAAAAUUGAGAACUAUUUGUCAUACAACCAGUGCAUGUUACCAAUACCUCCCUCGACAAUAGGCUCAAAGCAAACGGACAAGACAGAUGUCCAAAAUAAAACAGUUAUUGCCAAUGUGGGAAUUUUUGUAGAGAAGACUGCCUAUGUUGCUGCUUCCAUUUGCUGAUGACAUUGUCACUAUCUGUGCAGCUGUAGUAAAUUUUAAAAUUCCCUUGCUUGAACAAUGAAGCUGAAACUUUACUAUCUUUAAACUAAUUGUCUGUAAUUUAUCGUAUUAAGAGAUGAAAAAAGUGAACAGUUAAAAAUAGUAUUUGUGUUCAUUCAGAAAGAAAAUAUAUGCAAAUAUAGAAAGAGAUAAAUUCUAAGCUUAUAGAUCUGUCUUUUUGUAUUUUCCAAACAGAGUACUGCAUGCUUAUAAUGUGAAUUAUGUGUAAUAGAAAAUUUAAAAGUUUCUGAUGCAUGAUUUGCAAAACCAUUCUCCCUCUGGCACUUUCGCCACUUUUAUGCAAAACCAAUGAUGCCAGAGUUUGUAAGAACAGCACUCAACAGUCUUUUCGCCAUUGAAUUCAAUUUUGUCCUGUUCAAGGCAAACUUAAUGGCAAAUAGAACAGUAGCAAACUUUCCUCAAUCCUAAUAAUGCUCUUACGAUAUACGAUUUAAAGAAUAUUGCGGAAUUUUUUUCGCAUUCCGUGUUUCGCAUUCCUCCCAUUGAUUGAUGUGGAAACGAAUUUUCUCCACAAAUGGUUGACCUUUAGGUUUCCAAACAACAAAAUACGCAUAUUUUGCACCAAUGAUAGCCAUUUGUGCAUUAAUUUGGCUGAAAUAUUCAUGCUCCUUGCUUAAAUGUAGAAUGCCAUCAUCUCCCCUUUUCAAAAAAGAUAAGCUAUCAGCCCCUCCGCAACAGUCGUUUCACGUAUAGCAUACGCAAACUUGUAUUCCACUGGCAAAUGUGUUUCUUGGCAGCAACUGCAUACAAAAAUGUUAUCGGACGUGGCUCUUAAAUAAGGAAAAGUCUUAUGCACUUGAAGGCCUGACUGCAAAAGGUUAUCAUUUUUAUGGAUUUUGAUAACUGUUUCACUGAAGGCUUUUCGUGCAUUGUCUUUGUGAUCUCGACCAAACCAUACAGCUGGUAAUUGGCCGAUUUCGAAAUCCCUCAACAACCUGGCAAGGAGAGGAGUGACUUUGGGAAAUUUUCUUCUAGCUCUAGUUUGUUUUGGUAAAAACGUCUCAAAUUUUCGUUGCUGUAAUGUAACCUAAUCCUGCUCUUUCCAAAGCUGCAAGCUGUUCUGUGUCCUUGUACGCUUCUCGAGCUGUUUCAGUUGAAACUUGUUAAAAGAUAAUCUAUCCAUGAAAGCUCCAACCAAAACCUGCUCAUUGCCAACACUUUAAAAACGGCAGGAUUCGGUUUUUUUCCCGUUACUCGGUUAGUAGCUUCUCAAUGAGCUCUUUUUCAGUGGAUAACAAAUGGCUCUGGCGUGAAUCAAAUCCUUUCUUGAACUGACUGUUCAUUUCCCUAGCUUUUUCCCUUUUAUUGCUUCAUGCUUUCUAACAAAUAGGUCUUUGAUUUUUUGUGGUCCAAUGUGCUUUUUUGUAAUUCUCUUCCACGCGCAUGCCGUAUUGGUACACGCAAGAUCAACAAACCUUUUCACAUUUGCAUACUCUACUUAAUAGAGCGCAGCUACAACAUCAUUGCAGCAUUCACCCAUCCCAGCUGUACAUCAACAAUAUGCACAUUGCCGUCUUUCUCGCUCAGAAUCCAGACACUUCUUGGUUCUUCAUUGAUUUUCUGUGAUGGUGUAACAUUGACCUUCAAAAUCACACGAUCAGGUCUUACAGGGAAGCAGAGGUUUUUAUCGACAAAUCCGCUCUUGAAAUAUGAAAAGGCUUUUUUCGCUUUGUAUUGGCCAAUAUAUUCAGUAUCAAAAGCCUUCUUGCUUAUGAUGUAUGAGAAGAUUUUUCCUAAGUCCACCCGUGACCAAAGUGAAACAUUCUCAAUCCAUUUCUCAUCUUGGCAAGUGGAUCAAUUAUUGAAUGAUCAGAUAGAAGCUGUUGGUAAGUGUUUUGCAAUUUCCUCUCAAAGCUCUACAAUGUCUGAACUGAUAGGUAUGUUCUGUUCAAAUGCCACAAAUACCGUUGCUGCAAUUGAAACCUUUUAUCAAACUUGAGAUAAACCUCUUUGCGCCAAGGAAAAUUCUUUUUCAGCCGUGCUGAUUUCAAGGAAAUCAGCGUAUGAUAAAACAUCUGUUUUACACAAUGACUCAGCCAUAUUUUUGCUAAUACGGUAUGUACUCGGAAUAACUUUGUAAACUUCGCAAACUGUCUGUUUAAGGAAAACUGAAGUUUUCUAAAAAUACACUGCUUUUGAGUCAGCUAGAGCAUGGCGUUUGAAAGAGGAGGGGUAUGUGAAUAGCCAAUCAGAAGAGGUCAAUAAGGAUAUCAUCAAUUUCUAUCUAGCAGAUAUUGCCCCUCAUGCUAUACAGGGGAUUCCUCCAUCCAUAACAACAUGCAUGUAGGAACUUCCCCAAAUAGCAUUUGACUCAAACAUGCGUCACGAUCAUAGAAUAGUUCAUGAUGUUUUGAUGUCUCGUACAGGUUUUUUUGACGUCAAAUGAAUGUCAGUAUACUCAAGACCCUCAUACCGGAAAAGGAAAUUAAGCGAAUCUACAAGUAGGCUGUGUAAUGUUUUGUUCAGCAAAAGGAUGCUAGGACCCAGACCCUAUAUAUAUUGUUAUGUUUUGGAGAGUUAUAAAAAGUUACGUUCGAAGCACGCCGUAGUUUGAAUCAUCUACAAUCUGCCUAUUAGGCCACAGUAAACAUAAAUAUAACAUUGGCGACGAGGAAAAGUAAUGUAACAUUUACAGUGAUCGGUAAAUCAUGGCUUCAGUUAGCAUCGUUCCUAGCAUGCCGCUGUUCGACCCAGAUGCAGAGAUUGGUGCUUCGGUAGGCCCGAGAUGGAAAGUGUGGCUGCAAGAUUUUAAAACAUUUCUAGUGGCAAAUGAUAUCACUGACAAUAAACGUAAACAAGCUUUACUCCUCUAUCAAGCUGGCUCAAGAGUGAGGGAAAUAUUUCGCCAAUUAUCUGAUACAGGCGCUGCUGAUGCAUACCAAACUGCCGUAACCAAACUCACUGCCUACUUCGAGCCCCAAACGAACAGGCUUUAUGAAGUGUACAAAUUUAGGCAGGCCGUACAACAACCAAAUGAGACGUUGGAUCAAUUUCACGUUCGACUUCGUCAUUUGGCACAAACUUGUGAGUUUUCUGAUUUUUCACUUGAUUUUGAAAUACAGCUCCAAAUCGUAAUCGGGGGCAAAUCCACAAGUUUGCGUAAACAAGCUCUCAAAGAUCCUAAAUACACCCUUAAAGAUAUGUUACUGGACGGCCGCAGAGCGGAAAUUAGUACUUUUCAAACGGCAGAUAUCGAGGGUAAACAGUCAAGGGACAAUUUACAAGCUAUCAAACAGAAAAAGAGUUUCAGUAAACAACAAACUUCAGCACGAAAAUGUAGAAAUUGUGGUGGCAAUUACCCACACAAAUCGAAGCCAUGCCCUGCAAAAGGUCAAAACUGUCAUCGCUGCGGGAAGCAAAAUCACUUCGCUAAGUUCUGUCUGAGCAAACAAGACACCCGCCAGUCUUCAUUUACCACGUCUAAAUCGAAAAUUCACCCGGUGUGCAAGUCAACAGAUUCCGACAGCGAAUCCAGCUCAUCAAACUAUUGUUAUGCAAUAGGGGGUUCAAGUCAAAAACCCUUAGAAACCCGGCUUAAAAUCAAAGGACAACGCAUCCCCUUCCUAGUGGACACUGGUGCGUCUAUCAAUAUCAUUGAUAAUGCAACUUUUAGUCAACUCAAGGGUAUUUCAUUACAACCCACAAACAUAAAAGCCUAUGCCUACAACUCGCAAACGCCCGUGAAAAUGAAGGGCAAAUUUGAAUCAUUGGUGGAAACAAAGAAACGUUAUGCCGUCGCAAAGUUCUAUGUCACGGAAGACAAUGGAGGCUGUUUACUUAACGCAUCAACGGCCCAAGACCUUGGCUUAAUUAGCUUGCAUUUAAACAAAGUUCACCCACCAACUGGAAAUAUACAAAAUUAAGAUCUGAAUGAUAUCGUUAAUCAAUAUCCAGAUGUCUUCAAAGGCCUUGGUAAAAUGAAAGGAAAACAAAUUGACUUAGUAAUCGAUUCAAAAGUCAAACCAAUCGCACAAAAGUGCAGGAGAAUUCCCUUUCAUCUUCGAAAGAAAGUCGAGAGCGAGAUUUCCAAACUAUUAGAUCAGGACAUAAUCGAGCGCGUUCCGGAAAAUGAACAAACUGAUUGGGUUUCUCCAAUUGUUUACGUACCAAAGAAAAAUGGGGAUAUCAGAAUAUGCAUUGAUAUGAGAGCUGCAAACACAGCAGUUAAAAGAGUUCGUCAUCCUAUGUGAAGUGAAGGAUAUUUCUAUCGAUCUCAAUGGUGCUACAGUGUUUUCAAAACUUGACUUAGCGCAAGCUUACCACCAGCUUGAACUUAGUCCAAGUAGUCGUCAGAUAACUACUUUUACAACUCAUAUUGGUUUAUUUCGAUGCAAAAGACUGAAUUUUGGAACUUCAAGUGCGAGUGAAAUUUUUCAGCACACAUUACAGCUUGCCCUUCAAGGACUUAAUGGCGUCAAAAACAUCGCCGAUGACAUCAUAAUUUUUGGAAAAGAUGUGAACGAACACAAUGAAAACCUAAAUGCAUGUUUAAGACGAUUGAAAGAACUUAACCUUACCUUGAACUUCGAAAAGUGUAAAUUUUUAAAAGAGAAUCUUGAAUUUUCUGGAUUUAUCUUUUCUAAAGAAGGAAAGCGCCCUGACCCGAAGAAAAUAGCAGUGUUUGUAAAUGCAGCCACGCCCACUACUUCAACGGAGGUACGCAGUCUAUUGGGUAUGUCAAACUAUUGCUCUCAAUUUAUACCCGAUUAUGCAACGAUUACAGAGCCUUUACGCAAUCUAACAAAGAAAAACACUCAGUUUAAUUGGACAGAACGUUGUGAAGAGGCUUUCAACACAUUAAAAGAUCUUCUCACGUCGAGUCCUGUCGUCAGCUACUUUGACAUCGAGAAGGAAACUACAGUUAUUGUUGACGCGAGUCCAGUCAGACUAUCAGCCAUUUUGUGACAACGAAAGCCUGGAAGUGCGCAAGAAAACAUUGUCGCUUUUGCAAGUAGAUCAUUAUCUUCUGUCGAGCUACGCUACUCGCAAACAGAAAAGGAGGCACUCGCCAUAGUAUGGGGGAUUGAACACUAUCAUUUAUAUCUAUUUGGUUCAAAAUUCACGUUAGUUACCGACCAUAAACCGUUGGAAAUCAUCUAUGCAAACCCUUGCUCCAAACCACCAGCGCAUAUCGAACGCUGGAUGCUGCGCUUACAACAAUACGACUGUGAAGUUGUGUAUAAAUCAGGGAUUGGAAACCCUGCCGAUUAUCUCUCACGUCAUCCAACUUCAGCUGAAUACAAGAAGCAAAAUAUAUCUGAUGAAUACGUCAAUUUCGUCACCCAAGAAGCUGUUUUUCCUGCUCUUUCUUUGGGUGAAAUCAAGGCUGCCACUGAUAAAGAUACAACAUUGCGGUGUCUACGAGCAGCUAUCAGGAGUAAUUGUUGGAACGGUGAUAUCUUACAACCCUUUCGCGCAAUAAAACAUGAGAUAUCUGUUGAUCUCACCAACAAUAUUCUGCUGAGGGGAACUAGAAUCAUUAUACCUGAGUCACUUCAAAGACACGUCAUCAAAAUCGCCCAUGAAGGACAUCAAGGUACAGCUAAAACUUAGUUAAUGAAGAGAUAGCCGACUGUUUAGCAUGCCAAGCUACAGGUGCUCCAAAUGCACAAGAACCACUCAAGUCACCACCUUUGCCCGAAAGACCAUGGCAAGAACUUAAAGUUGAUUUUUAUGGACCAUUGCCAACAGGACAGUAUCUGUUUGUUGUAAUUGAUACAUAUUCGCGAUUUCCAGAGGUCGAUAUUGUUCCAUCAACAUCAGCAAGUGCAAUCAUUCCAAAGCUGGAUGCUAUUUUUGCACGUCAUGGUAUGCCUGAUAAAUUGAAGUCCGAUAACGGCCCACCAUUUUUCGGAAAUGAAUUUCACCGGUACAUGAAAGCAUUAGGUAUACGUCAAACAACAUCUACGCCUUUAUGGCCACAAGGAAACUCUGAAGUGGAAUCUUUCAUGAAACCCCUUGGAAAGUCGAUUUGCACCGCCAUUCUUGAAAAACUACAAUGGCAACAAGAGCUUCACAAAUUCCUUCUGAAUUACAGAAUCACACCACAUACCACAACGAAAGUUCCGCCAGCACAGUUAUUAUACAAUCGACCUGUUAAAGGAAAGCUGCCCAUGCUAAGCACAAGAACAUAACAUAAACACAAGAAUGCACAAAAACAUAAACAGACAUCGUGAAGCGAGAGAAUGAUCAGCUGAAAAAGGAAAAUGCGAUGAACUAUGCUAAUAAACGCAGAAACACGAAAGAAUGCGAUAUUAAAGUAGGUGACCUGGUUAUCUGUAUGCAAAAGAAAACGAACAAGUUCUCAUCUAGAUUUAACGUGCAACCUUACAAAGUCGUUCGUGUUCAUGGAUCAAAGAUUGUUGCUAGACACGGAGAUCAUUCCAUUUCCUGUAACUCUUCAUUCUUCAAAAAGGUCCAACAAAGACUUGACGGUAACAUUGCUGCUGCUGCUGAUGAUGAUGAUAAUGUCGAAUAUCACAAAAGAGCCACAGAAGAAAUUCCUGUUCGUCGAUCUGCACGCAGUCGUAUACAGACACAGUUUUAUGGAGAUCCAAUAAACUCUCGAUUAAUACGUUGAAGGAUUUUGUUUUAAUUUUUUUAUUAAGAAAAGAGUAAAUGUAAUGUUUUGUUCAGCGAAAGGACGCUAGGACCCAGACCCUAUAUAUAUUGUUAUGUUUUGGAGAGUUAUAAAAAGUUACGUUCGAAGCACGCCGUAGUUUGAAUCAUCUACAAUCUGCCUAUUAGAACACAGUAAACAUAAAUAUAACAGGCUGGAUACUCAUGGCAAAGAAAUAAAGGAGCAAAUUGCUAAAGCCAUAUGCAUACCCUUAAGUGAGCUAUCAGAAAGACAAAAAUAUCAGAAUCAAUUGGAAGAGCAGGAAGAGAAGGCUAAAGAUCUUGACAAACUUUUGGAACUUAUGAAAGACAAAAUGAAAGUUUAGACCAAAAGUGAAAAAAUUCAGAGUUUAAAUGUACAUGUUCAAAAGCGUUUACCCCUGUGUGACUUGAAAUAAUUUUAUGCAUCAUUCAAGAUUUCCAACCCUCAUGUAAAGUUGGCUUUUCAAAGUUUUAGCUAAGAUCAAAAUGAUGUAUCUCAGUUGGAUGUUCUGGAAGUCACUCUGUGUGUGUAUGAACUAUUCACCAGAAUGCUAUCUUGAUGCUUAAUGCAAUCAAAAUUGAAAAAAAUAGGAAUGAACUGAUUGAAAUGUUGGUCUGCAGUUUGGAUUCCAAAGAAUGCAUAAUCCAAAGAUGCGAAAACUGUCCUUCUGAACACAUACUGAAAGAGUUCUUGCAAAAGGAAAUACUUGAGGAUCCUGAUGAGCUUGGUGAUGGUUGCUACCUGGAAAUCAAGUACCAGCAGUGUACAACUUUAGACAGGUCACAACUUAUAAGCCAAUGCUUACCAGCCACCGACUUCAUUUCUUUACUGGUCAAGAAAUUAAAUGAUCUAACAGGACACUCAUACAUUGUAAAAGCACAAGCUGCUUACCUCAGGCAAAGAAAGGAUGAGCUGAUAGAUAAUGAGGCAAUUGUACUUUUUGAUUUUGCAGAAAACUAUAAGUUUGUUGUGCAGGGUGAAAAGCAAGGAUUCCAAUGGAAUCAACAGUCAUGCACACUUCAUCCUGUUGCAGUUUAUUAUAAGUCAGGAGGAGAGACCAUUCAGCAAUCUCUUUGCUUCAUCUCAGAUGAUUCCUGCCAUGACACAGUCUUCGUUUACAAAGUAGUAAAGGAUACAAUAUCAUUUACGAAAAAGAACCUGGUAUGCAAUCUAGAGCAUGUCUUAUACUUCAGUGAUGGAUGUGCUGCCCAGUACUGCAAAAACUUUCUGAACAUUUCACGGCACAAAGAAGAUUUGAUGUUUCAUGUACCUGGUCUUUUUUUGCAACAUCACAUGGAAAAUUCCCCUGCGAUGGUAUGGGAGGCACCCUCAAGAGGCUUGUGUCUAGUGCCAGACUACAAAGACCCUUUCAAAAUCAAAUACUCAGUUCAAGGGAUCUUUUUUAAUGCUAUCAGAGAGAGAUUCAAGGGAUUGAAGUAUUUUUCAUUUCAUGUCAUGAAAUAGGGAAUGUUCGCCAUACUCUUGAAAGUAGGUUCUGAAGUGCUAUCGUGAUCCCAGGAACAAGAUCUUUCCAUCAUUUUCAACCACUAAAAGGAACCAUCAUAGAAAUGAAAGAAUCUCAACAGACACUAAUUUUGACCUUCUUUUUUAUGUCAGACUUGGUAGGAUCAAGGAGGAACAAGAGGAAAUAAAAAAUUCAGAUUCUGUAUCGUGCAGAUAUGAUGAGAAUUGCUGGAUUGGUAUUGUUUGUGACAUUGAAAAGGAACAUGGAGAUUUUGACAUUAAAUUCAUGCAUCUAUCAUACUCAUCUAGAUCAUAUAACUGCCCAUUACAAUAAGAGGGGUGUCCUGUCAAGUCAUAUUAUUGCACCACUGAAUCCGCCAGUUACUGUUACUGGAGGACAGUACAAUUUGAAAGAUGAGGAUAUCAAGCUAAUUGAAGAUAAACUUAGACAAAAAACAGUUUGAUAAGAACAGAAAUUUAAGAAUUUUCCUGGAUUUACUUGCUUAUCAUGUGAUAGUUAUGCGACAAAACUGAUAUUUCUGGUAUUUUGCGAUAAUGAAAAUUCAAAAGCAUUAAACUCUUGUUCUCUGUUUCUAGGCAAGACACCAACAUCUCAACACUUUUCUAUUAAAUAGCUUUUUAUGCUGUAUAAGUAUGCCAAAUAUCAAGUUGGUGCUACCUAAUAGACAAAAGAUAUUCAAAGUUAUCAACUGUUACUUUUUACUAAGUGACGUCAUCAAUUGUUUUUUAUUGUUCCAAAUAAGGUGUCAUAUCUUUUUCCAGGUUAAUUUUGAGGGAAAACUAAUGACAAAUUUGGAUUCUCCAUAGCUGAAAUAACUAUAAUACAAGAUCUUAUCAUAAAAAUGUUUGUUAAAAAAUAGCUAUUGAAGGAUCAAGUUUUAGAGGAUGACCAGCCAGCAGGUGUUUUUUCAGCAAUAGAAACACCAACGCUCUUUGCCUUGGAGGUUGAACCAGACCUUGUGGAAUGUGAAAAAAUUUGUUGAACAUCAAUAACAUCCAAUCCCAGCGUAGCUUUAACCCAAUUGUAACAGUGCAAACUGGAUCAUGAGGCUGUUUGUAACUAAUGAUCAGUUUUUCAAAUGGUCCUCGAAAUGAAAACGAACAAGGAAGAUAAUGUUUUAAAUUUGCCACAGGGCAUAUAAACUCACACAUAAGAUAAAUUCUCAGGUCAAAAGGGGACUGAUGAAAUUUUGGUCUUGUUGAUUUCAAGCAAUGUUGUAUGAUCAGGUAAUGAACAUACAACUCUAUCUUGCUCAAAAUGUAUAUAUCUAACAUCAAUGGAAGAUAAUGUUUGAUUUCUUUGAUCUGAUAAUAGACACAAUAAUGUUACAAUACAAUAUGAGAGCAGUUGAAAUGAUAAAGACUCAGAAUUUCCCAGUGAUUUUAAAUACCGUAAUACAUAAUGAACAUCAAAAGUUUGUAUCUAUUUUGGUAUUGCAGGUUUCAAAUUGAAUAUGCCUCUCAUAAAUCUCCUAACUAAAGGAUGAGAACCAAAGGCAACACUAUCUGAAUAACUCAACAUGUUAGACAAUGUAGAUAUAGCUGUAUUUACUCAAAAUAACCAAUAUUUCUGUCAUGAAACAACUUGCAAGAAAACUUUUUUCCAUGACUUACCGAACAACUGGUUGGUGAAAUGAUAUUAGGCAAACAGUAAUGGAACCAGGAUUCGAUAUAUGUAGAAUAUUGUUUAAUGUACCUAACCUCCAAGAUUCUUGAAUAAUAUUUAAUGCUUCAUGGGAAUACCUGAUGUGUGUGUCUCCGUCCAGACACUAUACCAGCCUUCAAUCUUAGAGUUUUGUGAAGAGGAUGUAUCAAUUGUUGAUUUGGUAGCAGGAGCAGUUGUUUGCUAGAUGGAAUAAUGACAGGUUGUACUAUUAACAAUCUGAUAAAUUGUGUAUACCAACAACUUUGUGGCCAGUCUGGCACAAUCACUAAACCAUAUGCUUCAUCUUUUUCGAUCUUUAAGUACUUUUGGAAUCACAGAAAAAGGAGGAAAAGGCAUAAAAAGUAAUUUUAUGCCAAUCAAAAGUAAAUGAAUCCACAACAGAAGCUUCUGGGUCCGGUCAGAAUGAGCAAAAUGGUUUGAACUGACAAUUGAAACGAGAUGCAAAUAGAUCCAUAUCAAAGUGCAUGUUGAAAUAUGAUUUAGCAAAUUUAAAAAUACUAGGAUUCAAUUUUCCAUUCUAUAGACUGUUGAUGUAAUCUAGAUUGCGAAUCUGCUUCAUUGUUUUCUUUCCCUGGUAUAAUGGCGGCAGUGAGCCAAUUUUUAUUAACGGUCAAGCUCUGGAACUCCUUGCCACCAAUUGAACUUAAGAAUACUCGAAAGAAAAAUUAUAAUUAACAAUAUAAUAAUAAUAUACUUAACAAUAUUAUAAUUAACAUUUGUUCUUGCUAAUAAACGAUUUUGAGUUCGAAUUUCUUCCGACAAAGCAACUGGUCUUCUAAUUGUUACUAACUGGUCUUCUAAUAUAGGCCCUGGUAUUCUCUGUACAACAGAAUGUUGAUUUCUGAAUGCAUUAUUAUUCCUUCCAGCAAAGCCUCUAAUGUUACUGCCAAACCGUCCACAAGCUGUGCAUCCACUACGCAAGAAUCUGCAACUGCUAGCUGGCAUAAUAUCUGAAACCAAUGAUUACCAAUAGGUAUAUCAUUUGAAGCCAAGUAUAUAUAAUUGAUUCAUCUUGAUCAUCUGGUACUUCAAAACAAUAUUCUGUCUACUUAAACAGAUGGUUUGUUUAUUGUCAGAAAGUUGACACAUUUCCGAUACAUUAUUAUAUUAAUUUUGGCACGUUUAAGUUGACACGUUUCAAUCAUGGAAUUAAUUUCCUAACAGAACUGCUUAACAAACAUAAUUUGGGCUACUCUGCUAUGAAACUGCUCGUUCAGCAUUAUCCAAUAUUAUGACACCAGAUUCAAGUUCGUCAUUUGGUAACAAUCCAUUCGUUAAUAGAUUACUGUGAGGGAUGUUUAACAUAUGGCCGAGUAUUCCUAAGCAUAUAAACACUUACGAUGUUGAUGUUGUGUUACAGUAUCUGAAGGGCCUAGGUGACGCAGAUUUUAUUACAUUUAAAAUGCUUACCUCUCGUCUUGUAAAAUUGUUUCUUCUUCUAUCAGGACAGAGAGACCAAACAUUUGUUGCUAUUGACAUCAGACUUCUGGAUGUUUCUGAUGACAGAAUUAUUGGUUAUAUUGAUCAAGCCCUCAAAACAACUAGACCUGGCUUUCAUCAGUCGCCUCUUGAUUUCUGCGUAUUCCCUGAUAGCAAGGCUAUUUGUCCUGUAUUUUAUAAACAGCAGUAAUUGUUUGAAUCAUUCUCUACGUGGCCCGAGAGUGAAAUUAUUUGUUAGUUACACAUUACCUCAUCAAUCGGUUUGCACCUCGACCAUUUCACGUUGGGUGAAAAAACCAUGUUGCAAUUGGUAGGAAUUGGUAUUAAUGUAUUUACCUCUCACUCUACUAGACCUGCAUCAACAUCCAAGGCACAAAGCAUUCGCCUGUCGCUAACACCCAUAAACAAAGCUGCAGGAUGGUUGAAAUCCAGUACUUUUCGAUGUUUUUAUAAUAAGACAGUUCAUGAUAGUAACUUUGGCAGUAGCAUUUCAGCCAUUUUUUAUUGUUAAUAUUGAUUUUUAAUGUGCGAACAAACGAUCAUUUCUAGGUUCAAGUCUACUUGAUCAACCCAUUGUGAGUCUCUUUGAAGUCUUGUAUAAAUAGCGAAAGGAUUUUGGGUUCUAGCUAUGGAAAAUUAUCAAGAAAUUAAACAAACCUUGGUGUCUUUUGAUGUAGAUUAUUUUCCAUACUUAGAAGCAAACGACGUUAGAUUUAUCCGCCACCUUACCCAAAUAAUUAUGUUUUUCCCUUUCUCUAGUGUUCAAUUUCAGGACUGGCAGGCUCCACUGGUAUGUCUUUGAAUCAGGUGAAAUGCCACGUGUUGCUCAUAUAAAUUGCAUGUCGUAUGGCUGUAGGUAUGGAAAAUAAUCUACAUCAAACUACACCAAGGUCUGUUUAAUUUUUUAAUUUUGCUUCAGUUGCAGCUACAGAUAAAGAAAAACCUCAAAAGAUCAGUGAAAAGUUUAAAGUGCAUAUGAAACCAAAUUUUCAAAAUUAAGCUUAAAUCAUUGAAAAAAACCUUUGGUACCUAUUUUGUAGCAUUUUGCCAGUUGCAAAUGCAAUAAAUUUACGGUUAAACUAAAGCACCUGGAAGGAAAGUUUUGUAUGACGUGAUAAAUAGUGCUUAGCUGACCAAGUGUGUAAACAUUUGGGCAAAAUUCGAGGCGCCGGUCGGUCUCCAACUUUUUGUUGACAAAUGUUAAAUGUCAUCUGAUAAAUCCUAUCUGAGCUUUGGCGAGGAAAAAUCAGUUUUGAAUGAAGAAAUUGACAGUGUUGAUGACUAUGAUAUUGAGAAUUUACGUGCAAAUGCGCCUUAUGAAGAUGAACCUCUUGCUGUUCUGGGGCGCCCACAGGCCGGUUUUACUAAACUAUGGAAUCACCCAAAACGAGCCAAAACGACCCAUAACCAGCCAAAACCAGCCAUAACGACCCAGAAUUACAACAGAACGACCCAAAACAACCCAAAACGUUGCAAAUAGCAUCGAGCAGAACGACCGUUUUUCGCGCUUUUUUUGACCUGUGCACGUUGGCUGAGAGUGGCAAACCAAGAAAAUGGAGGCGACGCUGUCCGCUCUUUUAGAUGCAGAGCAGGUAAUUUAAUAUGUUUUCCUUUACAUGUUUCUCUUCUUUUCAUUCCCAGUUUUACCUAUUCUUUGCCUGCUUCUUUUUGCGUGAUGGUCAGAAAUCAACAACGGCAUUGUCCGUAUUCUGUCCGUAUAAGCCAUUCUAAUAAUGAUCGAGUACAUUCUCAUCGCCAUUAUAACCUAUUAAGUAUGAUAGUUGCCCAUCUCAGAAGUAAUUUAGAUUUUUCUAUGUUCUAUGGUGAUUUUUGCAGCCUGUUAUCAUGACAGGGUCGGGCUGGAAAUCGAGAAAAAGGCCGAAGGCACACUUGGCUCGCUAAUUUUCGAAAAUUUUCCCACCUCCAAAUUUAUUAAAAGCUCUCCCCCCUUAAUAAAUUUUUCCCUUUUUUAAUCUGAACAAGAUUUUUUCUUGCUGAGAAUAUCCCGGUCAUAGGUAGCCAGGUAUUAUAAUUAUCUGUCACUAGUUAAAAAGUCCAUGUAAAUAUUGACUGUAAAUGACAGAGCAUCUGUAGUAAACAGGCACACAUUAUUUAUUUCAUAUUGUAAGAAACUCAACCUCCCAGGGGCCAUUCCAGUGAAAAAGGGGGCAUUUGCAUAAUCUCAUAUAUGCGAGCCAUGCCCAUUGUUACACCCAUAGGCCACAUCCAAAAAAAUUUCAACAUUUUGAAUAAAUUUCAUUGGCUUGUCUGAUUUAUCAUUGAAAUAGCAAAGAACACAGAAUUAUUAAGGCAAAAACACUUGAACUAUUCAUAAUACACUAUAUCAUAAAUGAAAUCACUUUUGCUAAAAGCAGUAAAAUCAAACAGUUUUAUAGGAAGCUUGCAGUAACUACGAAAAGGUUUUCAAAAAUUAAUGAGAAUAUAGAUGAUUUUGAAGCAACAAUUUUCUAUCAGUUGGCAAGUUCAUGUGCUGACAAUUUUUUUCUCUUUUUAUAUUUGGCUUCCAAUGGGGUGUCACUAGAAAUUUUUUAGGGGUCAGCUGCCCCUCCAUGACCCCCACUAGCACCAUCCCUGAAAGGAUGUCAAAUUUAUGUGAAUAACGCCCCAAUUUUAUUCUUUCAGUUUCGCUUGCUACCAUUUGGCUCACUGAAAGGUUUCAUAACAGAGGAAAUUGAUCAAUUUCUUGAUGUGAAACAUCUUAAAGAUUUUUUCAUUGUGGACAAUUAUAAAGAUCAGUGUACGUUAAUUGAAGCUGCAAACAGUUGUAGCAUAACUGUACCAGAAAUCAUAACUUAUGAUUUCAAGAGCCCUUUGAUAGAGGAAGCUCAACAUGUUCCUGGCCAUGAGUUGUUACCCGUUCCUGUAAUGAAUGUGCUCAUGGAUUAUAGCAAGAAAGUAAUUGUAAGUAAAAGUGGUACUUUUGGUGACAAGGUUCAAGGAUUUUCAGCCUGGAAGUGAGGAGCUUUGUUCUUUGAUCUUAAAGGGCCUCUCCAGCCAAAAAAAAAAUUUUUUUUAUUGACUAAAAGUUAGCAUCUGGUGCGUGUAUUAUGGCAAAGUCGUUUGCAAAAUUCCAAUUAGUUUAGAAGUUAUAAGGCUUUAAAGUUGCACCUUUUCAAGAAAAAAACGACAAAAGCCGAAUCAGUUGGCAUGUUUUGUUUGUUUGUUUGUUUGUUUGUUUGUCUUAUUUGUUAACCCAGCCUGGGUCAGGCCUUUUUGUUUGAUGCAACUGAUCACGCGCGUUCGCGGCAGCACUUGGGAAAACCCAACCACGCGAGCGUUUGAUCAUUCGCACAAAACGGUAAAUUGUGAGGAAUAAAUGUCUCAUCAAUGAACACAAUUCUAGUCAACUUGUGUGAACCAAGCAAGUGACAUAGACAAUAAAAAGCCAGUAUAUAAAAACACAGGAAAUAUAAGUAAGCUGACUUAACCACAUCUCAAUGAAAAAUGCGUUUGAAGUAAGGCUUUUUUAAAAAGGUAUGGUACAGCAUUUUGGGAUCAUCUGGCAAUAAUGUCUUUUUUGACCUUCAUGAUGUACAUAAAGUUUAUAGAUGAAGCACACUUAUAAAGGGGAUUUAGUCUUACUUGGAGUGCAUUACAGAUAAUCGUAACAGUUCUUUUCCAUUAGAUGUUACCUCAAACAAAAGGGUACCUUAUAACAGUCCUGAACAAUUUUUCACUAUUAGAGCGAUCGCUUGCACAAGAGAAAUCAUGCGAGCGAUGGGCCACUCGCAGGGGCUAUUUCUUACGAAAAGGCCUGCUGGGUUUCUGGCAGCUAUGAGCUAAUGUGGGCCUGGGGCACUGGGGCCUUUGUCCUUAGGUUUUCUCUUGAGUACACAUUAGGUGACUUGCUGGCUAGACAGGUGUGUUGGCAGAACAGCUUGUGGAAAAAGGUUCCAACCUAAUUCAUUAGAGUUGAAGCACUAAGCUUUAGCCUCUUGGCCACUCCACUAUCAAUUUGCCAUUAUUUAUGUGCUAUAUUCAUUGCAUUAUCUUUUUAGAUCUUUUCUAUUUGUCUCAAUUAUGCAUAACAUGUUAACAAAUAAUUUUUUUCUGAUUUCCUAGAUUUGCUCCCUUUACUCAAACAACUUAACACUGCAACCAAGAGAAACUGCAGAAUGCAAUCAACUUCUGCUAAAUGAUGACUUCCCUCCUAAUUUAGAAUUGGAUUCAGUGCAUUAUGAUGUAGAGGAGCAAAUGACAGAGAAGAUACAGAAAACCAAAAGUCCUGAUAUAUCUCGCCAAACCAAACUUUCUGCCAAUGACAUAUUUGAAAGGAUAUUAGGCUCAACACCAGACAAAAAUCUCUUCUUCACUGUAGAUGGUGCUCCACCAAAAGGUACUUUUCACAACUUCAUUAAUCAUGUAAACUUUUCAUAGGCCCUAGCACUGGCCCUUCAUCAGCCGAUAGCUGCCAGAAACCCCAGCCUGGGUUGACAAAUAAAAUUGUCUGCUUGCUCAGUAAACUUCUAUCAGCUGAGCUGUAGUGGCAAAAACACCACCUUGUUUAUAUUGGCAGUAUCUUGGUAAUAUAUAAGUUCGCUUAAACAUGCGUUUCAGCCAAUUUGUUGUAUGAGAGAAAUUAUCUCUGAUUUAAUCUAUCAGGUUCAGUUGAAGCUAAGGUAUACUUGGUUGACAAUGAAAAGUAAAGCUUUGACCAAAUCAUGGCAGAUGACAAUGGUGUGUUCAAAUACGAAGGGUCACCAUCAAAGAGCUUUCUCUACGACAAUUUGCAGCAUACAACCACCACUGCACAUCUUAAAGAUGGAAAAUGGUUUGUAAAGCGAAGGUCAGGAAGAAAAUAUUUUGAUGUAAGAAGUAAACCCAUCUGAAGUUUUCAUUUUGACAAGAACAUACAGAAGACAUAUGGUCGAAAAAGACUUCUGCAACACAAUUUGCAGAUUAAAGAAUGCAGCUAGUGGCAAGUACCAAAAGUACUGCCUUGUAAUAAAUGAAUGGACAGGGCACAAAAAAACAGUCUAACAAUGAAAUGUCAUGGUAAUGCAAAAACAGAUAAUGCAAAAGCCACACCAUACAUGAGGACAGAAAAAAGCGUGUUGAAAGAAAUGAAAGUAGGCAUUGAGAAUGGUGGCCAAGUGCAAUCCGUCUACCACAAUGCUAUUGAAUCCUCUGGUGGUCCCUUAAAAUGUACAUCACAGUCAAAGCAGCCAAAAAAUCCAAAGCAGGUGUAUAAUUUACAACCAAGGUCAAAAGAAACAACUGAGAAUCUUGAUGUAUCCCAAGACGAAAUUCUGCGUGUUGUUGAAGUUAUGAAACGAGAGGGUGCCAACACUUUGAUUAGGAAUGUUAUCCUUACGCCAGACGAGUACUGCAUUACAGCAUUUGACAAGCAGCAGCUUAACCACAUUGUCAAGUUUUGUGUUGAUGCCAACAAGAUUCUGGGGAUGGACACAACAUUCAACAUUUGUGACAUGUGGGUAACCGACACUGUCUUCCAGAAUCUACGAUUGAUGAAUGAUAAAGGUGAACAUCCAUGGUUCUAUGGUCCAGUGCUGCUGCACAUGAAAAAAUCCAAAGACACCUUUUCAAGAUUUGCCAUUGAUUUAGUGGUUGGAAAUUCCAGCAUCCGAGACCUUCCCUUUUUAGGAACUGAUAUGGAAAAAGCAAUGUAUCAAGGUUUCAAGGGUGUUAUGCCAAAUCUGAAGAAUCUGCUCUGUGUGAAGCAUAUGGCAGUUCGUGAUCAGAAUUAAUAUGCGUGCUAAUAUAAUACUUUAUUAGCCUAUCCAACUGUACCUCAAAUUUUGCUGUAUCAAUGUUGCACCAUUUCAUUCUAGAUAUUUUUAAUGAAUUAGUUCAACUAAAAUGGAGAGUCUGUUAAAAGUAGAAAAGUGAGUCAAAACACACAAAAACCUUACCAGUGAACCAUACAAUGUGCUUCAUCAACUAUCACCACCUCGCAUCGAGCUCUAAAGAUAUCUGACGAUAAUAUUGAUCGCCACCGGUCACUAGCAAGCAUACUUUCCGGCGAUGUGUACACAAGAGAGUAUCCAUUAUUUUCAAUACCCUCAAAUAUCAUUAGAUUGUCCAUCGAAUAUUGCAGCAUCAACAAUCGCGGUCUCCGUCAAUUUCUCCACUUGAUCAAGCAUUAACGCCUUUAAAGGUGAGAUUACAAGAACUGUACUUGUUCCAAUGACAUGCUCAUUCAUCAAGUCGAGCAAUGGCGGGAUACAUUGGAAUAUCAGUGAUUUGCUAGAACCUGUUGGUGCGCUGAAAUAUAAAUCCUUC